GGCCCGCCUACCGCGGCCGCCAGCCUGGGUAGGGCCGGCUGCCUGCGCGGCGGCGGGCAGGCCGCGGCGGUAACGGCCGCUAACGGCGGCUUUUUGGGUAGAGCUUACUGAAGGCAGCAAUGGAACGAUUUGGAGUGAAGUCUGCUCCAUCACGUAACCGCUCAAAGACUGCUCUGUAUGUAACUCCUCAGGAUCGUGUAACUGAGUUUGGCAGCGAGCUUCAUGAGGAUGGAGGAAAACUCUUCUGUACUUCCUGCAACGUGGUUCUGAAUCACGUUCGCAAGUCUGCAAUCAACGACCACCUCAAGUCAAAAACGCACACAAAGCGGAAGGCAGAGUUUGAAGAACAGAACGUCAGGAAGAAGCAAAGGACUCUGACGGCCUCCCUUCAGUGCAACAGUACUGCCCAAACAGAGAAAACCAGCGUCAUCCAGGACUUCGUGAAAAUGUGCCUGGAAGCGAAUAUUCCGCUCGAGAAGGCCGAUCAUCCUUCUGUGCGAGCCUUCCUGUCUCGCUACGUCAAGAAUGGUAGUUCGAUACCUAAGUCAGACCAGCUAAGGAAAGCGUACCUGCCUGACGGGUAUGACAAUGAGAACCAACUCAUCAACACCGAAGAUCGUUGAGAAGAAGACUGUUUUCAUCAUCGUUGUGAAGUUUUACAUAUUGAUGGUGUGGUUUAUUUUUAUAUUCAUGCAUAUAUACAGUGUUACAUAUUGGUUUUACAAGCUAUUUUGUAUUAUUGUAGAAAUGACAAUCUAUUUGUGACCUGAGCAGUAUGCCACUGACUGUUGCUAACCCUGCAGUAGGCUUCAGAGCUACGCUGACGUAGAACUCGUGUUGAAUGUAGGGAAGGUGCCUGGCAUACAUCCUGUCUACGUUCAGCCCAGCUGUAACUGAUGCUGAGAAAAAGGCACUUGGAUGGAGGACCUCACUUACCUAAACCAUGCAUCUUAGCAUGCAAGAAAGAGGACGCAGUAGGAAUUGUUAAUCAUGUCAGUGGAUUGCUUUGUCCAGUAUCCUGUCCGUGAGUGACCAAGAAGUGCUGCGCAUUUGAAAUGCAAGAAGCUAUAAGAAUGGUUAGUUAAAAUAUAACUGAUCUGUUGGGGGAGGAUUUUUGCAAAUUCCUAAUCAAGUUGGCUUAUAUUCUAAAACAGAAAACGUUUUUCUUCUAGAAUAUUCUUACCCUAAUUGAUGGAACUGCGGAUGUGUUUGUUAUCUAGCUUGUAUAGCCAUUCUCAUGUACUGACUUUGAACUCCACUCUUCUCAUAAAGCCAGGAGUUUUGAAGGUUUACCAUGCCUGCUCUUUUAAAUCAGUAUUUCCUUCUCUCUGUUCAACACGUUCCCUUCAGUUCCAGUGCCAAUCUUUGAAAGUUGAAUGGACAAACCAGUAACUGAGAGUGGUUUACAGAGCAGCUGCUGGCAAAUUAAUGUCACACUGGACCAAGAUCUUAGUAGAGGGGAAAAAUGCCUUUUUCUUACCAGCAGGACAAAAAAUGCUGAACCUAAAAUGGGGGUGGGAGAGGCACUAAACAGUGGAGUUGACUAAGCUUUGUAAGGCGCACAGGAGAAGAGGCUCCUCCAGCUCUCCCUGAAGGUACUCUACUUCUCUGGCCUUGACCUCAGUCAAAAGAGGUAAAAAUUAUUAAAAUGGUUUUCAGAAUAGUUACCACAAAGGAAGGCUAUCCAAUAGCUGUACGAGCAAAUAGGAACACAUGUAUACUUCGACACUAUACUGGAAUUGUACAUCUGGGCUAUAUUUCUUACACUGUGCCAAGAUCACAGCUAUUGAACUGGCAAAAAGUAAAAUUGUAAAUUGAAGAAUUUCAAUAAUACUCUUUCCCAAAUCUAGUAAGCUAUUACUAAGCUAUUCCAAAUUAUUAUGCCAAAUAGUCCACUCCACGUAAGUACUCUAUGAAGUUUUUGAGUGGAAGGAGGGAGCACUGUGCAAAGUGCUGGAUUAUGACCAACUUCUGCCUGUCCUAGAUUUUCUUUAAACUCUGUGGAUUCAGGGAGGUGCCAAGCAUCUUCUAAGUAGCAUAGAAAUCCUCCACUCAGUGCAUAUAUCAGUGUAAGCAUGCUUUUAACUCCCGCAAGUGGAGCCAGUAGUUCUGGUCAGCUUCCCUUCCCCGGUAGAGUUUCACAGCAUCUGUUUCUCCUUAUUUCUUUUAUUCAGGAUAUUUACAGCAAUACUAAGUAUUUGCUAGAAGAGACAAAAUAACCUGCUCAUUUUGUUUCCCUGGCUGUUUCUAGAGCAGAGUCUCCUUUGCUGGAUUAAAAGAGACUUAUAAUGCUUAGUAACAGCUGGGUUUUAUGCAAUUAGCUCCUGAAGAACUGCAGAUGGCGUUACAUUAUAAUCAGGCCUCCUGCUUUGUGAAGAGUUUGAACAAACCGAUAAAAGUAAAAAGCAGAAGGCUGCCUAUCCACGUGUACCGCCACGCAGGUACUCAGGUACCCCACUGCACUUUUGGUCCCUGUUGAAGGUAGUGGGACUUGAUGCGGUCACAGCAAUCCUGUCAAUGAUAUUGGUUGCUGGUUUAGAAUUUCAAGCAAAUAACAGUAGUGAUUUUUUUUUCCUAUAAUCCUAGAUAUUAAAAUAUGCCUUCCCAAAUAUCAUCUGCUAUUGCACAAGCUAGAGUUUUGCUUAAGAUCAUGAACUGCCUUGGGCUAGAACUGUUUUAUAAAUUUUCUUAAGCCAAGUGAAAGGUACACUGCCAAUGGCCUUUUCUGUCAUGACAAUAAUUUAAAGUGUUCUUUUACAGCUGCUGUCUCAUUACAGUAAAAUGAUAUCAUUGCUUUAAUCUUUUCACCUUAUGAAUGCUGUCUUACAAUUGAAGCAAACAGGAAACAAGUGUAGAGAAAACAGGCUUCCACUAAACAAAAGCGUUGAGAGAAGAAUGGCGUGAUUAAAAGAUACAGAUUUGAGCUAGUUAGCUCAGUCUUUGCUAACAUGGGACUUCCCAGGCUACGCCCCAUAACCAUUUCGGGCAGAAUUGAAUGUAUGUUUUUCCUUGGACCUGCAAACUGACAGAUAUUGUGAAAAACCUAAUGAUAACAUUACCUAUACUCCUCCCAUGACAUUAAAAAUAAAUAAAUUGAAAACAAAAGGUAGUGGUAUUGACAGCUUGUGAUAAAAAGAUAAAAUCAGUCAUCCUCAAUAAGGCAGAGCUAUAUUUGACCACCUAGUUUAUCAAAAGCUUACUCCCAACUUACAAAAUAGCUUGUAAAUUUAGGUUCUGUAUACAGAAUACAAUUCUGUAAGUAUUUUGAGAAAUUAUUCUAGUUUCAAUGUAUUUUUAAUUGCAGAAUGUAUUUUUUAAUUGCAGAAUUACUGCAGAGAGUAUGAGCCUGGUGAGGAAUCUUACCACUGUAGCCAUGGGCUACCAGCUUAUAACAGCUUGGAAGUAAAUCAUCAGGAUUUUGAAUGGAACUGAAUGAAUUGCAAUGCACAGCAGUUUGUAGGACAGUGAUGUCUUACUAGGGGAAUAUUUGUGUUAAAUAAAAAAAACACAUUUUUAAAGCUUCGUGAAAAUCAAGAUACCAAAUUAUAUGCAACAUAUAUUAAUAAUGAGGUAAAACGAUGAAAAAUAAAGUACUUCCAGGUAAGCUAGAAAGAAUAAUAAGUGAGUUUAUAUUCAUGGCCAUAGCCCAAAUCACGAACAAGACAGUUCCAGUUGUUUUCUUUUAAAGUAAAAAUGGUUCCACUCAGUCUUGGAACUGAGUCCUACAAAUAGUCAAGUUCAUACCAUAAUUUUGCAGUUGUGGCUGUAGUUGGAUAAAGCAUAACCUUGAUUUAAUUAGUAUUGAUCUUAGGGAAGAUUUACAGCCGAGGUUUUCUGGUAUGUCUAAAACUAAGUAAUAACAAAUUCCUACCACAGAGGCUGUGGUUACGUUGUUUAAAAGGCUCUAUGGGGUUUUGCUUUUUUCUGCAAGAACAUUGUGUUAUUUUUCCAUUUAUUUCCUAUAAAGGAUACUCUCAGAAGUAAAGGGAGGAUGUUAGCAGCUUCUACUUUUUGUCAUACGUGCAUUUGAAAGGGACAGGCUAUAAGGGAUACUUUUUUUUUUUCGGGUGGUUUUAUUAAUAUAUUUGAGACUAAGUGUAAUUUAAACAACAACAACAACAAAAACUACUCUGACCAUGCACUUACAUUAGUUUAGCCAACUCACAGCUAAAAUGACUGAAGUGCUUUUCUCAGAACAAUACUUUCAAAGAGUAAAAUACUAGACAAAAGGAACAUUCUCUGUCUUGUGACUACUUAUGUGUAUGCACCAUGUUAGUUUCAGCUUGCGUGUUCUUGAAAAAAAUGUGAGUUCUAGUAUUUUUAAACAUUUUGAAGCCUGUAAUUUGGCAGGUCCUUAUAGGAGGUGACACAUUGGACGUAAUGAAAGGGAAAGCUGUUUUUCAAUUGAGAGAGGAACUUGGUUCUACAAAGUAUGGGAUAUUCUCAUUGAUAGAAGGACUAUUUUUAGUCAGAGCCCCUUUUAACAAUUCUGUUGAACUGAACAGUGAAAUGCUCCCUGCUAGGUUUUGCAGAAUAAUGAGCUGGUUUUCAGGAGAGAGAGGAAAAAAAAAAAAAAAAAAAAAAAAAAACUGGAAGUUUGGCAAGGAUUAACUCUAUUUAUAUUUGCAUAUAAAGAGAGGCAAAACUCACUGUUAUCGUGUUCGCAUUGUAUUCACUGCUAAUUUUUUGUGUAAUUUGAGUGCUUGUUGUCUUUGUACAAUUUUAAGGUUGUGUCUAACUUUCAAAAUAAAUUUUUUUUAACAAAA